AUGGAAGCUAUAUGGCUGUACCAGUUUCGGCUGAUUGUCAUUGGCGACUCGACGGUCGGGAAAUCAUGCCUGAUUCGACGCUUCACAGAGGGACGAUUCGCACAAGUGUCCGACCCGACCGUUGGAGUGGACUUCUUUUCCCGCCUUGUGGAGAUAGAGCCUGGAAAACGCAUUAAACUUCAGAUUUGGGAUACAGCUGGUCAAGAGAGAUUCAGGUCCAUCACUAGAGCCUAUUACCGAAACUCGGUCGGAGGCCUGCUGCUUUUCGACAUCACCAACCGCCGCUCCUUCCAGAACGUUCACGAGUGGCUGGAGGAGGCGCGGAGUCACGUGCAGCCCCACGGCAUCAUCUUCCUCCUGGUGGGUCACAAGUGCGACCUCGAGCCCCAGCGGCAGGUGACCCGGCAAGAGGCCGAGAAGCUGGCGGCCGCGUACGGCAUGCGCUACGUGGAGACGUCGGCGCGCGACGCCAUCAACGUCGAGAAGGCUUUCACCGAGCUGACGCGCGACAUAUUCGAGCUGGUCAAACGAGGCGACAUCACCAUCCAGGAGGGCUGGGAGGGGGUGAAGAGCGGGUUUGUGCCCAACGUGGUGCACUCGUCCGAGGAGGUGACCAAGACCGACCGCCGCUGCUACUGCUGA